AUGGAAUACACAGUUGAAUCUAACUUGCACGAUUUGAUCAACUCGAAAACGCACAAAUGGAUCUUUGUGGGUGGUAAAGGUGGUGUCGGUAAAACGACAUCGUCAUGCUCUAUUUCAAUUCAAAUGGCAACAGCGCAACCAAACAAACAGUUUUUGCUUAUUUCCACAGAUCCCGCUCACAACUUGAGUGAUGCGUUCGGUGAGAAAUUUGGCAAAGACGCCAGAAAAGUCACUGGUAUGGACAACUUGUCAUGCAUGGAAAUCGACCCUUCUGCGGCUCUUAAAGACAUGAACGACAUGGCCGUGGCCCAAAACGGAAGCGUGGGCGACGGACUCGGCGAUCUUCUACAGGGAGGCGCACUCGCCGAUAUCACUGGCUCGAUUCCCGGUAUCGACGAGGCUCUGUCGUUCAUGGAAGUAAUGAAGCAUAUCAAGAGACAGGAAGAAGGCGAGGGCGAGAAAUACGACACUGUGAUCUUCGACACGGCUCCUACCGGUCAUACCCUGAGAUUUUUGCAGUUGCCACAAACGCUUUCGCAACUUCUCGAAAAAUUUGGCGAUAUAGCUGGUAAGUUUGGUCCCAUGCUAAACUCUUUCACCGGAGGGGCUCAAAACAUGGACAUUAUGGGCAAGAUGAACGAAUUGAAGGCAAACGUCGAGAAAAUCAAACAGCAAUUCACAGACCCGGACUUGACCACUUUCGUCUGCGUUUGUAUCAGUGAGUUUUUGUCGCUUUACGAAACCGAGCGUCUGAUUCAGGAGCUGAUGUCUUACGACAUGGACGUGAACUCGAUCAUCGUGAACCAAUUGUUGUUUGCGGAAGACGAUAGCGAACACAACUGCAGACGUUGCCAGUCGCGCUGGAAGAUGCAGAAAAAGUAUUUGGACCAGAUUGACGAACUUUACGAAGACUUCCACGUAGUCAAAAUGCCCUUGUGUGCAGGCGAGAUUAGAGGGUUGACCAACUUGAAGAUGUUCUCGCAGUUUCUAAACACUGGCUACGCCCCCAAAGUUGACGGCAAGAUCAUUUACGAAUUGGAAGAGCAGAAGUAG